AUGCCUUUCAAACCAGAGACCACGUAUAAUGCGGAACUUAAAGUCUGGACUAUAAUUGCCGAGCAGAUCUCGGACUCGGAGAGCACAGUGUUGACCCGGGAGGAACUCCAUUUGAACUCGAUGCGUGUGGCCAGCUAUAUGAGAUCGUUGGGAUUAUUGCAAUCGGAUAUUGUGGGAAUCACUGCAAGAAAUACCACACAUAUCUCUGCCGUGAUCUACGGAUGCUUUUUCAAUGGUAUUCCCUUUCACUCACUUAAUAUGGCCUUUGAGGAAGCGACGAUUGAAAAGCUCUUCAAUAUAACAAAGCCACGACUCGUAUUUUGCGAUGGAGAUGAAUACGAAAAAGUGAAAGCAGCUACGAAAAACCUAAAUGCUAAGAUCGUUACAAUGCGCAACCACCCGAUUGGCUCAAUUAGGAUUGAUGAAGUCUUGGCUACCCCGAUAGAAGAGAACUUUGAACCGUUGCGCCUUGAGCAGGGAAAUGAUCAAACCCUUGCCAUUCUCUGCUCUUCCGGAACUACGAAUAUUCCCAAGGCUGUAACUAUCCCGAACAGUCGAAUGAUCCUUUUCGCAACUUUACAUCUGACCACUGCGGACGUUCAGUAUGCGCAUAGUACGUUGGACUGGUUUUCGGGUUUUCUGACAACUGUUUCUUCUGGUGUCUACAGUACCAAGCGCAUUAUAAGUGAUAAUCCAUUCGAUCCUGCCAGUUUCUUGCGAAUAGUUGAGGAACACAAAGUGACGUGGGUGCUGCUUUCACCUCUUCACUUGGCCUUGACAGCAAACUGUCCAGAAUUUGAGAAAGCCAACCUGCUGAGCAUACGAACCUUUCUUUAUGGAGGUGCUCGGUGUUCCUUGGAAGCCCAACACAAAAUAAGAAAUCGAUUGCAACACGAUUGCAUGAGCCUUAUGUAUGGCCUGACAGAGCUGGGUAUGAUAUCAAUGAAUUUGAAUUUUGAUCAGAAACCCAAUUCAUGUGGCCGCCCAGCCAAUGGUAGCAAGAUAAAGAUAAUGGCUGAAAACGGAGAUCUUUUGGGACCGAACGAAAUUGGAGAGAUAUGCGUCAAUAAUGGUCGGCAUUGGGCCGGUUACUACGGAAAUCCGGAGGAAACACAAAAUGUGCUUGAUUCGGAGCAGUGGUUCUACACUGGUGACUUGGGCUACCUGGAUGACGAUUGUUUUCUCUAUGUAGUAGAUCGGAAAAAGGAAAUGCUGAAGUACCAGAGUUAUAAAUAUUUUCCGAAUGAAAUCGAAGAGGUAAUCGCCCAAAUGCCCGAUGUGGUUGAUGUGUGCGUCUUUGGCGUGUGGGAUCCCAUGGGUAGCGACAAGGCUACCGCAGCUGUGGUUAAAAAGUACGGAUCACAACUACAAGCUCAGGAUAUUGUAGACCACGUUCAGAAGAACAUAAAAAUAAUGAACAAACAUCUGCAUGGAGGUGCUAUCAUAGUGGAUCAAUUAAAGCAUAGCCCAAACGGCAAAGUUAAUCGCAAGGCCACAAAAGAAUAUUGUCUUAAGCUAUUGGAAUCAAAUGGAUAUGUGGAAUCAAAUUGACGUGA